AGACUACCAACCUCCCUACCUUUCCCUCUUCCUAUAUAUAUCAACCCUCUCCUUCUCCCCCUCUCCCAUCCCUCCAUACUCUAACAAACCAUGGCUACAAAACCAGGCUUCUUAACUCAUUGGCCAUGGCAAUCCCUUGGCAACUUCAAGUACUUGGUGUUGGCUCCAUGGGUGGUGGCUGGAGCUUACAAGACCAUGAAACAAGGAUGGGAUGUAGACAUAUCCUAUCUAGCCAUCUUCCCUUCUCUUCUCUUCAGAAUGGUUCACAACCAGCUCUGGAUUUCGCUUUCCCGUUUUCAGAACGCCAGGAGCAAGCACAGAAUCCUUGACAGAAGCCUUGACUUUGAUCAAGUUGACCGUGAGAGAAACUGGGAUGACCAGAUAAUCUUCAAUGGUUUACUGUUUUACUUGGGACACAUGUAUAUCCCUGGUGCUAACAACCUUCCAAUCUGGAGAAUGGACGGUUGGAUCAUCAUCAUGCUCUUGCAUGCUGGUCCUGUGGAGUUCCUUUACUAUUGGUUCCACCGAGCUCUUCACCAUCACUUCCUCUACUCUCGCUAUCACUCUCAUCACCAUGCCUCCAUUGUCACUGAACCCAUAACUUCUGUUAUACAUCCAUUUGCAGAACAUAUAGUGUACUACUUCCUCUUUGCUAUUCCAAUGUAUGCCUCCAUCUACACCAGAACAAGCUCCAUUCUUGGUCUGUUUUUCUAUGUGGUAUACCUUGACUUCAUGAACAACAUGGGACAUUGUAACUUUGAGCUUGUUCCUAACUGGCUCUUCACUGUCUUCCCACCUCUCAAGUAUCUCAUGUACACUCCCUCGUAUCAUUCUCUUCAUCACACUCAGUUCAGAACAAACUAUUCUCUGUUCAUGCCUUUCUAUGACUACAUAUACAACACAAUGGAUAAGUCUAGUGAUUGUUUGUAUGAGAAUUCACUCAAAGGAAAAGAAGAAAAAUGUGAUGUUGUUCAUCUAACGCAUCACACAACCUUGCAAUCUAUUUAUCAUCUUCGUUUCGGUUUCGCUUCCUUCGCUUCGAAACCUUAUAAUUCUAAGUGGUACAUGCUGUUGGUUUGGCCGUUGUCGUUUGUAUCGAUGUUGUUUACAUGGAUUUGGGGUUCUUGUUUUACUGUUGAGAGAAACAAACUGAAAAAACUGAUCAUGCAGACAUGGGCAAUACCAAGAUAUUCUUUCCAAUAUGAAUUAUCUUGGGAAAAAGAUGCAAUUAAUGAUCUAAUUGAGAAGGCUGUUCUUGAGGCAGAUUGCAAGGGAGUCAAAGUUUUGAGUCUUGGGCUGUUAAACCAGGGCAGAGAACUCAAUGGAAAUGGUGAACUGUACCUUCAGAAACACCCAAAAUUGAAUGUAAAAAUCAUUGAUGGAAGUAGUUUAGCAGCAGCACUUGUUCUCAAAAGUAUUCCAUCAGGAACAAAGCAAGUACUGAUUACAGGAACUCUAUUUAAGAUUGGCUAUGCAAUUGCAACAGAAUUAUGUAAAAAAGGAAUUCAGGUUUCGGUGACAUGCAAGCCUGAUUUUCAUUAUCUGAAGUCAAGACUUUCGGAUUCGACAGGAACACACUUAACUUUGACAAAGAAUUAUACUGCUCAGGUUUGGUUGAUAGGAGAAGGAAUAGAUCAUAAAGAGCAAAAGAAGGCACCGAAAGGCGCAAUCUUCAUACCUUUCUUGCAGUUUCCUUUGAAGAAAGUUCGCGAGGAUUGCACUUACUACUCUACCCCUGCCAUGAAGGUCCCUAAUGCGCUCGAAAAUAUGCAUUCUUGUGAGAAUUGGCUGCCGAGAAGAGUGAUGAGUGCAUGGCGAGUUGCAGGGAUAAUUCAUGCAUUGGAAGGAUGGAAUGCACAUGAAUGUGGAGACACAAUGCUUGACAUUAACGAAGUAUGGGAUGCUGCAAUCCUUCAUGGAUUCCUCCCUCUAAAUCAAGUUUGAUCAGCAGAAAUCAUAAUUAAGACAAUACAAUCAUUCCCUAUUAAGUAUAUCCAUGUACUACUUCUGUUUCAAUAUAAUUAAAUGGCAGUACUAUAAUUUAA